AUGCAGCCCCCGGCCGACUUCGCCCACUACCCGGAUCCCGUCGAGGGCCCCGAGACCGGCUAUGACCCCAAGCCCGGCACCAACCCGGUCCUCCGGGGUCUGCCGCUGGCCGCCGCCGCCGCCCUCAUCACGAGGUCCGACUGGGUCGCCCGCUACUUCUGGAACAAUGCCGGCUUCGGCAGCAUCAAGGACAUGCCCCAGCUCGACGACAUGCCGUACACGUUCCAUCCCGUCGUGACGCCGCUCGGCAAGACGGGCCCCAUGCUCGAGUUUGGCCCCGAGCUGGUCACGCCCCAGGCCGACAAGGCCUCCCCUUCCUCCUCCAAGGCGCGCUACUACACGGCUGCCGACUACCACGCGCUCUACAAGUCGGGCGCCGCCACGCCGCUGCAGGUCGCCCAGGCGCUGCUGCCUCUGACGCUGCCGAGCAAGGACGCCGGCGGCAAGCCCGGGCGCUACGAGAACGCCUGGGCCGACGCGCACGGCAACGAGGGGCUCGCCCUGGAGGCCGCACGCGCCUCGACGGAGCGCUGGAAGGCCGGCAAGCCCCUCGGUGUGCUUGACGGCGUGCCCGUCGGCGUCAAGGAUGACGUCGCCGUCGCCGGCUACCGCAACCAUUAUGGCCUCAAGUACGACCCGAACGUGCCCUGGUUCAAGGUCCACGAAAAGUCUGAGUGGCCUGUCAGGACGCUGCAGGAAGCGGGCGCCGUCGUUCUCGGAAAGCUGCGCAUGCAUGAGAUGGGAUCAGACACCAACGGGCUGAACGUCGCCCAGGGCACGCCGACAAACCACCUCAACAACGCCUACUACCCCGGCGGCUCCUCGUCGGGCCCCGCGUCGGCCGUGUCCGCCGGCCUCAUCCCCAUCGCCGUGGGCACCGACGCGGGCGGCAGCGUGCGCAUCCCGGCCACCUUCAACGGCAUCUACGGGCUCAAGACGAGCCAGCACCGGACCGUCUUCAUGAACCACACCAUGUGCAUCACGGGCCCCAUCGCGGCCACCGUCGCCGACCUGACCAUCGCCUACCGCGUCAUGUCGCAGCCCAACCCGGAGUGCCCGACGCAGGGCCGCUUCGCGCUCUCGCUGCCGCCGUCGCCCUCGGCCAAGAAGACGAUGGGCGUGUACCGCGACUGGUGGCGGCACGCGGACCCGCGCGUCGCGGCCGCCUGCGACGCCGCCGUCGACUGGUUCGCCGCCGAGCGCGGCUACGAGGUGCUCGACAUCUCCAUCCCGUACCUCGUCGAGGCGCAGCUCGCCCACGGCACCAUCUGCAUCGCCGAGAUGGCCGAGCACCUGCGCCGCCGCGCCGGCGACCCGGCCGACUGGCUGUCGCUCGUCGGGCCCGCCAACCGCAUCACCCUGUCGGUGGCGCGCCAGACGCCCGCGGGCGACUACCUCAAGUACAACGCGCUGCGCACGCUGCUGAUGCGCCACCUCGCGUUCCUCUUCCAGAAGCACCCGGGCCUGCUCAUCAUGACGCCCGUGACGCCCCUCGUCGGCUGGCCGCGCACCCCCGGCGACGACAGCCGCGGCCUCAACGACGCCAACACGACGCUCCGCAACAUGAUGUACAUCUUCCUCGCCAACAUGACGGGCACGCCCUCCCUGUCCGCGCCCGUCGGCUACGUCGAGCCCGACCAGGGCGAGGGCAAGCUGCCCAUCGGCCUGCUGGCCACGGGCGAGUGGGGCAGCGAGGAGCAGCUGCUGAGCUGGGCCGCCGAGGCCGAGGAGUACCUGCACGACGUGUACGAGGACGGGCGGCGGAGGCCCGACGCGUGGCUGGACGCCAUCAGCCUGGCCAAGGAGAGCAAGGAGUAG